GGAUGCUGUAGAGCUCAAAGGGAAAUUUCCAAUACAGAGUGUCACAAUUGAACAAGCAGAAGUCAAAAGCAGAGGUGAAGUUGAAGAUGAAACCAAUAAUGAUCAAGGUGGUGAGUUAGAACAACCUAUUUGUGAUUAUCACUCAUCUGACAUUGGUGUAAUUGAAACUGAAUUGGACAUAUUAAGUCAUGGAACACUUGAGACAAUCAGUGAUAAAGAAGAGAUGAAAGAAGAUAAAGGAUUGUUGAAGAAGAGUUAUAUAAGCUGGGGAAUAAUUUGGGAUUCGAGCAAUAUUGAUGAUGAAGUAAUUGCAGAGCAUUUCACAGAAACAGAACUUCAUGAGAUAGACAGCACACUUAUUCCACAGGUACCUGAACUCUCAGAAGAAAUAGCUAAUUUUCUAAAUAAAUUCACUGGCAAG